AUGAGUGCCACGUCGACGGUUGUAGUAUCAAAGGAAAUGUUUGAUUUGUUCUCGACGGUGCUUUAUUUGAGUAGGUUUUUCUGUCUUCAGCCCCUCAAGUGGAUUAAGACUGAUUACAGCUACAUUAUUUCAAAGUCGGGGCCCUAUAUGACCUAUAGUAUUCUGGCAAGCCUAUCUCUAGUCACAGCAAGCAUUUAUGGCCUGACUCAAGCCUACAGAAUGGAAGCCAUCUACUUGAUUCGCUUAAACGGCAACACCAAACGUUUCGUCACUCUUUCAGACGUCGUCGUUGUCAUAUUUCCUUGCAUUAUCGGUGUUGCAGUAACAUCGUACAAAAUCGACAACUCCCUAAAAUAUUUCAAUUAUUUGAGACAAUUUGACUGUUACCUCCAAAAACAACCACGGAAAACAAGAAAAUCAUUCUUGGUCCCAUUCGUAACAAUCCUCUUCACUGUUUUCAUCCUAAUCUUCGAUGCUAUGAUGUGGCUUAAGUUAAUUGCCCGAAGUCAGAGCAUUUUCAUCCUAACACUCCCCUAUUACGUCUGUUAUUGCUUCACGAUGAUUAUCGAAAUCAUUUACUGGCAGUUUGUCCACUCGAUCAAAAUCAGAUUAGUUUUAUUGAACGAAAAACUAGCACAGUUUUGUCGCAACGAUCAUUUGAUUGUCCGAAUUGACCGGAAGAAAAUCAACAGUGUUGUGGACACUCUCAAUGUGGAAACUUUGAAAAAACACGACCCGCAAACAAACGACCAAAUCCGGGAUUUAAUCAACGCUUAUCAGAAAUUAACCGAAGCCGCAAAUCUAGUCAACGACGCUUUCGGCCUCCUGAUACUGAUUGUUAUCACGGGUUGUUUGGUACACUUAUUAGUCACCCCUUAUAGCCUCUAUGUCAUUGUAUUAACCACAGGUAACACAAUGUUUAUCAUAACACAAUCAAUCUGGAUGACGGGUCAUGUCUUGCGUUUGUUGUUGAUUGUGGAACCUUGUCAUGGAUGUAUUCUUGCGGCGAAAACAACGUCACAGUUGGUUUGUAAAUUGUUGUGUCUGGAUUUGGAUAAGGAAGUGAAGAAAUCUUUGGAGUUUUUUAUGGCCUAUUUGGCCGAAUGUCAAAUCAAAUUCACAGCUUAUGGGUUUACGAAGUUGCACAGAGGGUUGCUCACCACGAUUACUGGAGCUGUUACCACCUAUUUGGUUAUUUUGUUUCAAUUUAAUCAAUAAUUUUUUUGGUGGAUGCGCCGGGUCAAUCCAAUGAUUAUUUACUCCCCUGAAAUAAAAAUAAAUAAUGCAAAUUGUUCACGUUUUUGAUGGUUAUGAGGUGGGUUUUAUAGCCAAGUGUGCAAUUAUGGGAGGAAAGUCGUCGACAAGAAGCCAUUUUGUUGGUUUUUAUGAGAAAAUCAAUCACUGAUUAA